GCCCCUCAUGGUUUGCAGGGCUGUGCAAAGCUUUACGCAUAACUGAAUCAACGGAAUCGGCAUCAUGGGCUGGAAUGUGAAUGCUGAGGAGGUAGGACCAGUCUGGAUGGGUUAUAUGUGAUCUAGGACGAGCGUUCGGUUUUCCAGGUAAAGAUAAGAUUCAGGAAUGAUCAGCCGUAGCUUGAAUGCGAAAGUUAGCUGUUGAGUUAGCUGGAGAACGUCAGUGCAUUUUCCCACGGUUUGGAAGAAAAAUCGUGACGGACUGAACACGGCGUUUUUAAAUAACAGGAGAUAAAGGCGAUGCUCCUGCUGUGGCACACUGUAACACGGUAACAUUGAUGCCGCAUUGACAGUCGACGGUGCACCAGCUGCACACACACACACACACACACACACACACACACACAUACACAUACAUACAUACACACACACACACACACACACACACACACACAGAGGCAGGCGAAUCGCACGCGCUUGUCGGUCAGCGGGCGGUAAUCGCGCCUGUCCGGACCCUGACUACACGCGCAGGAUGUCGGGGCGCAGGAGCUGCGUGAACUCGCUGUGGUCGGGGAGCGAGCGGGUCCGCAUCGGAGAGCGGCUCAAAGCCACGCUGGCCGGCAUCGUGGAGCUGGAUGUGCUCCGAGGGCGCCAGCUGGAGCUGAUCGACUCCGUGCUGGAUGAGAGCGGGAACACCGCGGAUGGCCAGUGUGAGCAGCGGGAGAACCUCGACAGCGCCGCCGAUGAUGGUGCAGUAACCACCUUCAGGCAACAGACUCCCUCUCCAGCAGACUCUGUAGUGCCAGGCGUCAGGGCUGCAGAGGGCACAAGCUCUCGCUGGUCCACUCUCUCAUGGGACAUCCCAUCAGACCUUCUCUCCCCUCCCACUCCAGAACCCACUGGCACCAUUUCACUCGACUGUGACUCCAGACCCAGCUCAGGUUUUUACUCAGUCAGUGGGAGCUCACUGUCAGACUCCUGUUACUCAGUGGCUAGUGAGGCAGCCCCUGGAGGUCCACUUAAAAUGGGGGGACCAUGCAGGCCUCAUUCGCUGGACCACAGUACCACCCAGUGGAGGGAGGAUGAACCACAGAAUGGACAGAACUCAAGAGGGACAGCCCAAAAAGGAGACAGGAGGCCUGCUUCUACUGGCGAACUGGAGAUUGACGGGCUCAUGUUUCUGACUGGACUCUGCUCUAGUCUAGGGGCAGCACAGAGAGGAUGUGUGUUGUCAACCUCAGGGGUUGCCUAUCCACAGCUGCAACUAGACCCCAAAUUCUGCUCUGACCUUGUCUCACGGAAGACAAAAGAGGUGUAUCCUUAUCCUAGCCCGCUCCAUGCAGUGGCCUUGCAGAGUCCCUUGUUUACUUCCUGCCAGGAUCCUUCCCCCACAGAGCGCUCUCCCAGCCCAGAGGGGGACCAGCUUGGGGAACCAGAGCCUGAACAGCCCCCUGUGAGGACCCAACCUCCACCUUCUCCAUCUCUCACACAGCUGGAGCAAUACAUAACCAGAUUAGCGCAUCAGUACCACAGCAGGCUGACUUCUGAGACUACCAAUCGAGCUUCUCAAAAGGCCUCUGCAGGUUCAUGCUACGAAGGAGUCCAUCCAAAGAGCGCUUCCUCCUCCAGCUUGACCAGCUUGACCCCAUGUAAGUCUUUUCUGGGCAAUUCUGCUAGAGUUAGUCUGAGCAGCAUUGGUAAGAAAGCUAGCAGGAACUCGAUCAACCUUGGAAACCUGCCGUCUGUCACCGGGGAGGAUUUCAACAUUAGUUUUCACCUCAAUUUAAAUUUGAACCUUAAUCCGAGUUUGAAUAAAACGCUGAAUAUCGAUGCUAAAAACAUAAGUGAGCAGGCGUCAGGAUCAUGUGGGCAUCUUAGUGGCAACUUCAUCACCCCAACCGCUUCCCCUGCUUCAUCUUCAACGACAGUCACCAGCACUCCCAACUGGAGGAGCAGACCUCGUAUAUCCACCUGCCCAUCCACAAUUAGUAACCGUGGGUCAUUGGAGAUCACUGGAAAGACCUUUGGUUCACUUAACUUUUCUAAGUCCUUGGACUGGAGUGGAGCUCCACGAGAGGAGGCAGAAGGCUGCCUGCCUUCAAAAGCUCCAGAAAGUCCUGCUAAACUUAGUGAGGAUUCAGUGGUGGUGUGUGAGAUUUCACGUGUCUCUGGAUUACCCAGGUCGGUGGUAGUAGGGCUUAUGGAGGAAGGGGUGGAGCUGGAUGCGGAGUGCUUCCGGAAUGAAAGAGAGAGGGGCGAAGGGUCAGCUUCUCCAUGUAAUGCUCCAACACAUUGUUCCUCUCGAACCUCCCUUCCUACUGCUUAUGAAGAUAGAUCUGGUUUUUAUUCAAAUUCAUCCUCAAACCUCUGGGCAGGAAGUGGUUCCAUCGAACCUGACUACAUUUCCCAGCAGCAUCGCCUACAGAUUACCCAUUCAGAUUGCCAUUUAAUACAUACAACACAGUCAAACAGUCCUCGCUCUGAUCACUCAGGUCCCACUCUUUCCCAUGCCUCCCCCAUCCUGCCUUUACCCCACACUUACUCGGAUUCUGCCUCCUCUCCUGGCUCCUCAUCCCGUUCGAGAGUACAUUCUCCUCCUCGACUGCUCUCGAAUUCACCAUUUACACCUGCUCAGCUCUCUGUGUUCCGGCGGGACUCACCGUCCCAGUGCUCUCUUCCACACAUCCACCCCUGUGGUUCUCCACUGGAAGGCCCCAUCAGGCCUCGUGGCGGUUCCCUCAGGCAAGAUGCCGGAGCUGCGACUGGGUGGAGGUCUCAGGAGAGAGGCUGGAGGAGGAGUGGCGAUGGGGAAGGGCUCUAUCAGGGCAAGCAUGCCUCCAGAGAGCUGGUGCGAGCAUCAACAGUCAGCAGUUACUCAGGACGAGACUACAGCAGCUGCUGGGAGGAAGAAGCAGGCUCGCGGACUCCAAAGAAAGCCACCAAGUUGUGGAAAGGUUUUGAAUCAAGACUCUGGGGGAGGGAGGAAGAAUUGGAAAGGGAGGAGAGAGUUGGAGACUUUGGAUGGAGGCAUGCUUCUUUAAAAGAGACUUCGUCAAGCAGGGUACAGGAACGAAAAGAGAACAAUCUCUCCAGAAAGAAAGGGACAAACUGGGAUGGCCAUAGCUCCAGCCUUCGGCUAUCCAGGAGAGCUUUAUUUCGGAGCGAAUCUCAGGGAUUCCUGUCGUCCCGUUCCCAAAAACGGGAAGUCCGUCUCCAGAACAAUCACUGGUGCUCCUCCUUGGAGAUCGGACGUGAAGGAAGAGGCCCAGAACGUGGGCGAAAUCUAGUCAGGAAAGAGGACAAACAUCACUCAUCCACUGCCAGUCUUUUCCAUCUCUCUCGCUCACAAAGCCUGGAGGGAAGCACUCACUCAAUCUCACCCCUGUCUUCCCCAUCCCUUUCUCCCUCUCCCCCUCCGUCAGCCCCUCUAACACGUUCCCGAUCAUUUCGUGACCUUGGGAGGAAAAUUUUUGGCUCAAUGAGGUCCCUCAGUUUCAAUAAGAACCAGAAAUCAAAAAAGAAAGACUAGGAAAAGCAGACAGAAAAAACUGGCAAACUUUUGACAGAACCUUAUUUCAGACAUGGCAGGAUAGUUAAGGGACAAUCAUCACUGAUUGUGUGAUAUAGUCAAACCAUGCAAAUGUUUGCCAUGCUGCAAGUCAUGGACUUGAGUUCUUCACAGUAACUUCCGUGGGAAGACCUAAGAUUGGUCAGCACUUAAGGGGCAAACAAAAAAGAUAUCCUGUAACUCAUCAGUUUAAUGUGCUGUGUUUAACUAUAAAUGUUUGAAAUGUGUAGAAAUGCAGCAAUUGCUUAUUUUUGCAUAUAACUAAUUGCGAAAACAUGAUUCUAUUUACUGUGGAAUGAGACAUGCAGCCCAGUUAAAUAAGGCCAGAACCAGGAUUAAUAUGUGUAAGGAAAAACAGUUUGAGCACCAGUACUGCCAAGUUACACAACUUCUGAUAAUGUGGGAGGGUAUGUUAAACAGCUCUUUUUUCUGCAAGUUUCUGUGCCUCUGCAUGCCUAUGCCGUGUCUCUGUGCAUUAUUAUACUCAAGAUGCACCAGUGUACUCUAGUGUUAUUUAGAAUACUAUAUACUUUGCACUAUAGGGUUUAGUGCGUUUACCGUAAAACAGACUAAAAUCAGAAAGUACAGUAUGUUGUGUAAUAUGAAGUGUGCUCAGGACUUUAAAAUAAAUAAGAUUUAAGUGUUAAAUAAUGACUCAGUAUUAAUAAAGACUUAAAAUGAAAAGUGA